GAGCCGCUGCGCGCCGGCCGGAGAAGCAAAGCCCUCGUCGGAGCUCUGAAGCAGCCUCCCCCCAGCCCCUCCGCAGGGGACCACAACUACAGCCUGAAGGGGCGGCAGGCGGGGAGCGAGGAGGCGCGGCCGCCGCUAGAAUGCUCGCAGCAGCAGCAGCAGCUCCCGGCGGCAGGGAGGUGCCCCCGCACCUGCUCGGCCAGAACGGUGCUGAGCGUCCUGUGGGAGCUGGUGGAAAAGCAGCACCUUUCGGAGGAAACCGUAAGCUUGCUGCAGGCACAGUUUUCAGAUUUGCCUUGUGAGUUGCACAGCUGGAGGCAGAUGGCCGAAUACUCUCCAGAAAUGAGGCAGUUUGCUUGUAUUCUCCACCUCUACCAUAUUAAGGCUUACAAUUAUCUACGGAAGAUUAUUCCUCUCCCUCAUCCUUGCAGUCUGACAAAUAACAGAAGCAGAGUGGGAAGCGAGCAUCAAGAAAUAUUGAUACUCCUCAACUUGGAGAUCUGCUCUGUGUCCAUGCAUGUGGGGCACGGCAUGAGAAUAACAAUUUUAGAUUGGCUGUCUACUAAUAAGGCUGCUGCAGGCUUCAGCAACAACAUUUUUCUCUGCCUUCAGGAAAAGGUGGAGAGAGGGGAACAGGACUACUGCUACUGUGCCCUGAUGGUACAAGACAUGUCCCUGCAGAAACAGCGGGAGUGGGACCCACAAACCCAGUGCCUGACAGGCUUUGUUGACUUGGGUGCAGGCAUCCUUGAUGCUGAUGAAGCUCCGCUGGCCUCAGAAGCAAUAAUCCUCAUGGCAGUUGGCACCUCAAGUCCCUGGGCAGCUCCACUUGGCUACUUCUUUGUGAACAGCACGACUGGCUACUUGCUUGCUCAGCUGCUUCGUCAGGCCAUCAACAAACUGAACAACAUUGGCAUCAGGGUGCUGGCUGUGACAUCAGGUGCCACUGCUUGCGGUGCUCAGACUGCCAGAGCUCUAGGGAUCAGGAUGGAUCCUGAAAGGAUUCAGUGCACUUUCCAGCAUCCGCCCGGCUCUGCUCACAGCAUCACAUAUUUCUUUGAUGUUUGCCAUGCCCUCCAGCUGAUAAGGAAUGCUCUGCAGUGCUUCCAGAAGAUAGAGUGGCCUGGUGACACCGUGCGGUGGCAGCAUGUGGUGGAGCUUGCAGCUUUGCGGGAGCAGAGGAUAUUGGAGCUGUGCAGUUCCAAGUCAGGCAGAUCUGGGAGUAAGGGGAGUUACUACCUGAAGGUUAACCUUGCUACUCCGUUGUUCAGCGAGGGUGUUGCUGAUGCGCUGGAACACCUCCAGAAACUGGGGCUGGCCUCAUUCCAGAACUGCAGCGGUACUGUCAAGUUUGUGCGGUUGAUGAGCCAUUUGUGUGAUGUAUUUCAUGGCAGAGGUCCCUAUAGAAUGGGACUGAUGGGGCCUUUGCUAGUUGGAAAUCACACCAAAAUAACCCACGUGUUUAAUGAGGCCAAGAGCUUCUUUAUUACCUUCACGGACUCUAUGGGGAGAUAUAUUAUUAAGAGCAAACGGAAACUAGGAUUUCUGAGUUUCUUGCUUAAUGCUGAAAGCCUCAAGUGGCUUUACACCAACUAUGUGUCUCCAGAAAGCUCUUCUUCCCACCACCUCCUGACUUACGCCUUCAGCCUCGACCCCCUGGAGCUGUUUCUAAGGACUCUACAGCAAGCCUGUGGCAAUGGGAAUCCCACAUGCACUGUGUUCCAGGCUGCUUAUCACAAACUGCUGGCUGGCUGCAACCUGGCACCAGGCUCACCACACAGCAGUGGCACAGGCAGUAUAAGCUCCUGGAACGUAGCCCUGUCUCGCGGGAGAGAUCUGACCCUUGGCAGCAUUCGGAAUCAGUAUAACCCAGCUCAUGGGAGGACACUGGCAACAGAGUACCCCUACCGUGCAGGCCUUCUUUUGCGUGGCUCUACACUGGGUAAUGCACUGACAGACCUAUCCCUGCAUGUACAGAGCAUCACCUGCACUGCGGGCUUCAUUGCUGAGCAAUUAGCCUCUGACUUGCAGUGUGAGGUUUGUGUUGCUUCCCUCUUUGAGUCAGAUGAGAGCAGGCGAAGAUGCAGGUCAGUCCUCUACAUAAAAAAGUUAGGUGGGGUGAGUCUGCCCUCAGCAAGUGUGUACCACAUAACAAGCAUUUCAGAACAAGUCCUAAACUGGUACGGCAAAGUAGGAGACAGCAACAAAAACACCAAGCUAUGGCACUUGUCCCUAGAACAGAAAAUCUUCCAGGAGCUCCUGGGAGAAAGUUCCAUCUUCCCCACUCUCACAAACCAUUUAUUUCAUGGGGAGGCGUGUGUCAACAAUCAUUACACAAUCUUAGUAAAGGAAAUAACACGAUGUUAUUUAAAGGUCAAAACAAACUAUGCCAAACACCUGGAGUUGAAAUACCAUUGUGGAAGGCACAAAUUGAAGACAGUGAAGGGAAAACAUUUGUUUCCCUCACCACUGGGUAGCUGUCAGUCAGGCCAAACCCACAUGGGAUCAUGAAUACUCAGUGCUGUUCCAAGGAUGGCUGCUUCUGAGGCUCAGUGAUAGCCAGAUCUAGGCAACACAAGCAAGGAAGUGAUGUGGUGUCUUCUCAUGAUUUGGCUGGCAAAACUGGUGUUGAUAAGCAUGACAUGUUGGGCCACUGCAAAGCACCUGAUUUGGCUGAGCAAGGCAAGGAAGCACAUCUGAUCCUGUGUUCCCUCUAGCAAUCCUGCAAAGCAGCCACGUAGUUUGUAUGACUUAUGUGGCAGACCAGGAUUAGUGAUGGCUGCUCAAGAUGCCUGGGGAAGUGGCAGGGGACACUGCAGAAUGUACGCUAGAGGCACUGGAUAGCUUAGUGCUAUGAAUGCACUUGCCAGGAGUAGACUGAUGCAUCUUCCACAUGGCUGAGGAGAAUCAUGCAUGCUGGCAAGUUUGAUAUCACCAAAGUAAGUCCGCUUUAAAAAAGCUGGAAGCAAGAAAGUGGGCAGAGCUCUUACUUAAAAUGGAAAAUAAAGAUGUGAAAAGAAAAUGGCACUAAAGUUGUACAGAAGCCUCCACUCCUACGUGUUUUAUCAAGCAGCUAAACAAGCUGGUUUAGUUUAGAUCCCCUGGAGGGGGAAAUUACAAUAUCAAACUGCACCCCCGAAACCCCAUGUUUUACAAGCGAGGUAGUGGAUACUGAGCAGAGGCGCUCUUGUCCAUAAAGGUGAAAGGGUAGCACCAAGGCUGGGCCCAGGCUAUUGCACCCAGCAGUGCUGACACCCUCCUCUCUGGGCAGGAGCCCCAGGCACCAGCAUAUGGCUGUGCUGCAGCAGGGCAAGCAUUUCAAGUCCCAUUUCAUGGCCCCAACUGUGCCAAAUGGCCCCAUCCUCCCAGAACUGGUAUGUCCCCUGCAGCCCAGGGUACAGAUACUGUUUCCUCUGAUUACUUGAAACAGGUUUGGUGGUACCAGGCAGGAUUGAAUUGUUCAGUUCAUUUCCAUGGCAAGGAAGCUGCCUUGGAAUGCAGUGCUUUACCUGGAAUAGCAAAGUUUGGCAUAACUGUUGCUAGACUUAGCUGUGCAGAACAGCAGUUGCAGCCAUAGAGUUGGAAGGCAACUAUUUCCCACAAAACUAUGGCUGUUAAGUCACUUUCAAGCCACAUGCUGGAGAUGGAGUGAAAAAAGGUGAUCCAUCAUGUCUCAGGACAGGAAUAAUAUUCAAGGUGACAUUCUGCCUACUAGGGACAAAACUGGCUCUGGUCAAUCUGGGUUCUUCCUCCUCCCCUAAGUCCUACUUAUGGUGGGAGCAGAGCUGCUGCACUCAAUUCCUCAGGCUCAGCUUUGAGAUUAGCAGCACCCCAGAACUUCAUGCAAUCUCUGCUGGGAGUAGCAAACCAAAACCUCCAGAGUUCCAUCCCCCACCAGUCCAGUUACCUGUGCAAAAAGCCAUGUUGAAGUUGUCACUGCCAUGGAGCCAUUGCAGCUACAAGAGACUCUAGGAAACUAUUUCCUUCUCAUUUAUAUGUAAUUUUUAGGGCAACCGGCAACACUGCUGAAAUCCCAGUGGCAGAUUGGUUGCACUCACAUAAUGUAACACUUGUACUGCUUACAUGUCCAGGUGCAAUAUGAGCUGGGCCAUUGGGAACAGGCACUUCCUCACUGUGCGUUUGUUUCAGCUGUACAUAAGCCUGCUGCCGCCUUCUUUUUACAUGGAGGAGCUUGUCUUGCUUAGUUCACACUGAGCCUCCUCCUGAAUGGGAAGGUCAUCCACAAAGAUGUGCAUGAGCUCAUGGCCAAUAAUGAAGGUGUGAACGUGGCAGGCAUGCUCUGCACAGAGCUUCACCACCUCUGAACUUUUGGGUUUUGUGCUGUGCUGUGCUGCCCACCAGUGAACUAAGCUGGAAACUGCUGCAGUUGGGCUGACACCGAGCUCUGUGUGUUCCUGUGGCUGACCUGCCCAUACCCAUGACUGCCACAGUUCACACAUCCUUUUGUAAUUCACUGAAAUACUGAUGACAGAGGUUUCCAAGAGAUGCCGAGGAAGUUUUACACAGCUUGGUAGGAUGAAGUCUGAGCUAAACCAUGUAAUUAGAAGUGUGGCAGUUACCCAGUUAGUCAGAUACUCUAAAGGAAACUUGACAGUUGUAUUAUGAACCCUGUACCAAUUGCCAUUAUUUCCCAGAAAGACAUACCUUCUGUUGCCCUCCACAGAUAGUGCUGACUGGGCUUGCACCACAGGAGCUGUCAAGUUUCAGUGGAGUCUUUCAGCAUUCCUAACACCACAAUUGCAAUCAAGUAAUUUUCCACACUACUCCCUUUCCCACAGUGUCUUUUGGACAGUGCUUUCUCUUCCCAGCAACUCCUUGCUCAGACAUUCAUCAUCUCUGAAACACGCUCACUCUUGCUUCUACCAUGCCCUUCAUACAAACUUAUCCCAAGUCACUUUGAGCACCUCAUUCCUUCUCUGUCUUCUAACUGCACCCUAAGGUAACAGAGAGCCUUCUCUCAUAGCAGCUGGUGUAGAAGGGGGAAAAGCUCAGUCCAGUAACAUCUUCUGUUCCCUCAGCAUCCUAACACCACUCUUAAGACUCCCUCAGCAUUGACUGUACACUACCUUUGCCACACUGUUAAUUUUUUUUUUUUUAGCUGAACAUGGAAAUUGGCUGCACACAAAUAAAACCAGGCUUUGAGAAACAAACCAUAAGCUCUCUUAGCUGACUUGUAUUCCUUAAUGCAACGUAGUAAUGGAGUUUUUGCAAGAGCUGCUCACAAAUCUCUGCAAAAGACACAAAAGCCACAAGAAACCAGUACAUUGUAUCCUGCUAACAAGCAGGCUAAGGCUCUCCACAAAGCUCUGCCUCAAAAUUUUGCCUGUGGUCCUCAAUGAGCUCUUUGUAGCACCAUGCUGUUUUCAAGGGCACUGCAGAAUGGCCUAGGAUGUCCUUCUGCUCAGUCUGAGCCUAGCUAUUACCCAGCCAAUGCACAUAAAAAGCCCCUCGCUUUCUCAUUAAAGAGUUUAAAAGAAAUGAAGAAACUAUCACAUGGGCUCAGCUACCUGGUGCUGGCUUGACACACACAUUCUGGCCCUUUAUGAACUAUGCCACCACGUGACACAAAUUACUAUGCACGACAGUAUGCCAGUAACCAAGGGUUUAUCUCUGACAGGAUGUGAUCUCAUACUGAAAAUCCAGGCCAGUUCUUGCAUCAGAAACAGGCCUGGUGUUAACAACUGUCUUUUGAUAGUUCAGUGAGAGUCACCUUUGAACAAUACUCAGUGCUGAAGGCAAGCAGUACAAAAGAUUUGUAUUUACAGAAUAGUAUAAAGGUUUAUUUUUCUUUGUGA